AUGCUUUCCGAAUCCUUCAUAGCGGCGACGCUGUCAUCCGCUAAAACUCCGACCGCCACUCUCAGGGAUGUCGGCAUCUGUGUGCAGGAAUUCCAGCCAUCUUCUCAGCUCCGCUCCACUUUCAAGAAGAGCUCAACCACACCCAAUUGUUUGGCUGUGAGCCCGUCGCAUAUCUUCUGCGCUCAGGCUGAAAAGGCUGUUGUUCAUGUCUACAGUAGGGAAAAGGGAAAUCAAGAGGCAUUGAUUCCAUUUCCGGAGCGAAUCCGCAGUAUCGCUGUUGCGGGUGCUAAAUAUGGUGAUGUGCUAGUACUGGGUACUGAAGGCGGCCGACUAAUUUUGUGGGAGACAUGUACAGGACGGCAAGUGGCUACCACUGCCUCUCAUCUCCAACCGGUUACCUCCCUCGUCGUUGACCCCACCUCCAACUUCAUUCUUUCUGGCUCCGCAGAUGCCAGUGUACAUGUCUGGUCCUUACCAGGAAUCCUUUCAUUUUCCAACCCCACUCAAGCCAAUAACCGACAGCCUCCUAAUUCUCCGAUCCGAACAUUCUCCAAUCAUCGUGCGGCGAUCACUUCUCUGGCCGUGGGACAUAGCAAUGGCCGAAACAAUAUCGUCGUCUCUACUGCGAAAGACAACACAGCCAUUGUGUGGGACUAUCACACUGCGCGCGCCCUGCGAACAUAUCUCCUCCCUUUCUCAGCCACCUGCAUCGCCUUGGAUCCAGUAGACCGAGCCGGAUACGUUGGAUACGAGGAUGGAAGCGUUCAAUCAAUCGACUUCUACCGCAGCAACUCCACUCAGAACUCUCUCCACGACUCAUCCAUACAAUCAACUCCCGCACAAGUGUCCACCGAAGACCGAUGGCUUCCUCCAUCUGCAGAGUCGGGCGCCGUGCGAGCUAUCUCACUCUCAUAUGAUGGAGCUACAUUAUUGUCUGCGCACGAUAACGGCAAGGUUCUAUCUUGGAACAUUGCGCGCCGAAAGUUUACAGCUUCGGUCGCCGAUUAUACACACCCCGUGACCAAUUUGGCUGUGCUGCCACCUACUGGUCUGCCAACUUCUUCGCAGGAUCUGAACCGCACAAGCCAUACCAUUGUGAAACCCCGACAUGAUGGUGCACUCUCAGACCCUGCUCAUGCUCCUGGUGCGGUUCCAGCGGCAUACACUUUCAACACCCACGUGAUUGCCCCCUCGCAUUCACGGUCUCGGCAACCAACUCAAUUCUCCCAAGCCCUCACUCAUGCAUCAAUUCCCACGUCGAUGAUCGAAGCAGGUCUUGCGGAGCUAGCUGCAUUCCGCCAACCGGGCGCUGAGACACCACGUAUUGCCUCUGAGACUCCCGUUGCCUCCAAUGGCCCUGUAGUUGAUGACGGCCGGGUUGCAGAACUAGAGGCAGAGCUCGAAACCCUGAAAAAGAAGGAUCUCGCUCACACCAAGCUUCGGGAUUUCACAACAGAUGAGGUCGUGCAACUACGCUCAGAUCUCACCCAUCUGCAAGAUUACAUCAAUGAGUUACAUGAAAAGCAAGAGGCCGCUCAGCACGAAAAAGCGCAGCGCCAAGCAAGGAAAGAAGAACGUGAAACUAAACGCCGCGAAGCAUGGUUUGCCGCGGAGAAGAAAGGGCGCAGUGGUGAUAAGCAGAUGAAAAAGAUGGAGAUUGAUGAUGGUGUCUUAACCAGUGACUCUGAUGACCACAGCGAUGACUAA